AGAUUUGUUAUUUACGAGAGAAUGUUUUAAUGUGAAGGUGCGGGGCGGAAGUGCCGGUGUUUCCGGUGUCUCUCCGGUUCUCCGGUAGCUCCAGGCUCAGACCGGAGCUCCGUCGAUUGGACCGUUCAUGGACGACUGUUCCCGCCUGAGGAGGUUUCACUGAGGCGGUUGAGAACCGAAGCGGAGCCACCUCUCCCGGCCCGGCCAUGGACGAGCAGGCGGGCCCCGGUGUCUUCUUCGGCGGCAGCAACAGCCCGGGUCUGGUUGGCGGUGUCAGAGCUCCGAAGCCCGGGGACGGAGUCGAAGAAGCGGCCCGAGCUCACUACAGCGUCCCGGGGAUUCUCCACUUCCUCCAGCACGAGUGGGCCCGCGUGGAGGUGCAGCGGGCGCAGUGGGAGGUGGAGCGGGCCGAGCUGCAGGCUCAGAUGGCCUUCCUGCAGGGGGAGAGGCGGGGGCAGGAGAACCUGAAGAAAGACCUGGUGAGACGCAUCAAGAUGCUGGAGUACGCUCUGAAGCAGGAGCGGGCUAAAUACCAUAAAGUGAGAUAUGGAACCGACCUGAACCAGGGGGAGAUCAAAGCUCCGAGUUACGACUCAGAUGAUGGGAACGAGAGUGAAGCUCCCAGUUCUCCAAACAGCAACCAUCAGCUCAGCUGGAAACAAGGACGCCAGCUGCUCCGACAGUACCUGCAGGAGGUGGGCUACACCGACACUGUCCUGGACGUGAAGUCUCAGCGGGUGAGAGCGCUGCUCGGUCUGACCCGGGACUCCUCAGAGAAGAGAUCCGAACCCAUGGUCAACGGCACCGAGGCGUCUUCACUGAGGGACGAGGCCAUGGUCAGUAAACCCGACAUGUCGGACUCAGCCGCCGUGCUGGAGGCGUUCAAGUUCAUAGAGAGCGCCGCGGCAGAGUUCAGUGACGAGGAGGAGGAGGAGGACAGCGAGGGGGGAGACAAAACCCUGGACCUGGCUACAAUAGUGAAGAAGAAGCCGUCCUCGACUCCGUCCUCCACGACCUCUGACCUCAGCGACGCCGAGGAGGCGCUGAAGGGCUUCGACUUCCUGGCCGGUCCGGACGAGCUGGACGGGUCGGCUGAGUCCAGGUGUGGCGAGGACAUCGGAGAGUGGGAGAAGGAGGCGUCUCCUCUGGGGGAGCUGUCGUGGGACGUGGACCAGGGCCUGAUAGCUCAGCUGAAGGAGCAGUACAAGAAGGAGCGAAAGGGGAAGAAGGGAAUAAAGAGACCAAACCGGUCGAAGCUUCAGGACAUGCUGGCCACCCUGCGUGAUGCAGAGGAACUUCCCUCGAUGCAGCCUCCUGUGACGCCUCCAUCCCGGCCCAGUGUGCCCAGACUCACCAGUGAGCAGGAGGCGGGACGCCCCGACGACGAGACGAUGACCUACCUGCCGGCGUCUGGGAAAGCGCUCGUCCUGGGCCGAGUGGACGAGGCGGUUUCUAACGAGCUCGGACUGGGAGAACUGGGAGAACUGGCCGGACUGACGGUCGCCAACGAAGCCGAAUCCCUGGCUUACGACAUCACCAGCAACCAGGACGCCCUGAGGAAAACCUGGAACCCCAAGUUCAGCCUGCGGAGCCACUUCGACUCGGUGCGGAGUCUGGCCUUCCACCCGGUGGAGCCGGUCCUGGUCACCGCCUCCGAGGACCACACCAUCAAACUGUGGAACCUCCAGAAGACGGCGCCCGCCAAGAAAUGUGCAGCUUUAGAUGUGGAGCCCAUCUACACAUUCAGAGCCCACAGCGGCGCCGUCCUGUGCGUCACCGUGAGCUCCAGCGGAGACCAAUGCUUCAGUGGGGGGGUGGACGGCACCGUUCAGAGCUGGAACAUGCCCAACCCCAGCAUCGACCCCUACGACUCAUAUGAGUCCUCCGUCCUGCGGGGGGCGCUGUGUGGUCAUACGGACGCCGUGUGGGGGGUGGUCUACAGCUCGGCUCAUCACCGCCUCCUCUCCUGCUCGGCGGACGGGACGCUGCGGCUCUGGAACGCCGCCGACACCUCGCCGGCUCUCGCCGUGUUCAAUGAGCAAGGAGAGCUCGGUGUUCCCACCUCCGUGGACCUGGUGAGCAGCGAGCCGGCCCACAUGGUGACCUCCUUCACCUCGGGACACAUCGGCCUCUUCAACAUGGAGACCCAGCAGCUCGUCCUGAGGCUGGACUCUGCCGGAGCGCCAGAGGCUCCCUGCAAGAUCAACAAAGUGCUGAGUCAUCCCACGCUGCCCAUCACCAUCACGGCGCAGGAGGACCGCCACAUCCAGUUCUUUGAUAACAACACAGGUAAACUGAUCCACUCGAUGGUCGCUCACCUGGACGCUGUGACCUGUCUCGCUGUGGAUCCCAACGGACUGUACCUCAUGUCUGGAAGUCAUGAUUGUUCUAUCCGUCUGUGGAACAUGGAAAGUAAAACCUGUAUCCAGGAGUUCACGGCUCACCGUAAGAAGUUUGAGGAGUCGAUCCACGACGUGGCGUUCCAUCCGACCAGGUGCUACAUCGGCAGCGCCGGUGCAGACGCGCUCGCCAAAGUUUUUGUAUGAUCCGAGACGGACUGGAGCUCGGUGGACUGUGUGUUGGAAGAAGGGUGGAGUCUCUGGUCAGAGGGUGGAGUUUGAUUGGAAACAGGAACCUGAGCUGCUCCCUGUCCCCGCCCACCUGCAGGACUCCGGCUGGCCUGGGUCACAGAAACAAACCAACCUCUGGAUGAGAAGCCGCAUGACAGGAAACUGUCACAGGUCACAUGAUAAUGUGCCUUCAGCUCGGACUCCACUUCCUGCUUCUCAUGAGUUUGCUGGGAUUUUUUAAUUUUAUUUUGAAGUUAGGUCGAGACGAGGGGGAGGGGGAGGUAGGUGGAGGUAGUCUCAGGUAACUGAGACUUUAGUAAACGGUGACGCAGACGUUCUCUUCCUGAUUGGAUCAGUCACAUGACUCGACUAGCAGCGGUGAACACAUCACUAACACUUCCUGUCAGUUACAGUUCCCCCUCAUCACUGCUCCUGCUUUCUGUUACUAAGCAACCAACUGCAGAGGAGACAAUCUACUUCCUGCUUACAUCACAUGACCAGUGUGCGUGAAGGGUCAGGUGACAGGUUUUCAGGUCUGUUGUGUGGGCGGAGCUAAAAUGCUUGUUCGGACAGAGGUUGUUUUGAAAUUCUAAAUGUCAAGGUGUCAGUGUUUUGAGUUGAUGUGGAACAGGAAGUGACCCGAGCACGUCUCAUGUGAGGCGCCGUGUUCAGCUCGAUUUGAUUUUAAUCUCUUUGAGAGUUUCAUACUGUGUAUUUUUCUUGGUACGAUAAACAGAAGAUGAACUCUCUUCUUUGUGUUGUGGAGGCUCUGCAGCUCGGGGACGACUCAGAGUCUCUGUGAACUCCUGACGUCUUUCAUUCACUCACAACGUGGUGGUGACGACGCUUCAUUUGAAACCUGUUUGAAUUUUAUAUUAAUUGGUGAAAUCCUGAAGCUUUGCUCUUCUAUUUCUUUUUGCUUCAGUUGCUUCAAGUAUUUAUUAUGACGUAAAACACCAAAUGGAACCAGAGAGAUGAGAUGAUUCCUGCUUAACAGACAGCUAGCUGUUGUUGCUAAUGCUAAUUAGCUUUUCUUUACAUCUUGUGUUUUGUGUCGUUAUCAUUAUUUGGAUCAGUUCUUCUUUUUUUUCGUGUCUGAUACAGAUCGAUAUUUUUUCUGCUUUUCUAGAAAGUGACGUUUCUUCUCUCUGGGUUUCUGUGGCUUGUUGUGAGGUCACAUGACUUCACAGCCGUCACUGUAAAACCUUUUGAAUUUUACCAAAUUCUCUGAAGCUGUUUUCUGGAAACGUCCUUAAAGUAAACGGUGUAAAAAGGGUAAACAGAUGUUUGUACAGUGUUUAGUUUUUAAAUUUAAAUCUAUUUAUUGAUCUGGUGAAUUAAGGGAAACUUUAACUGUAAAGUGAAAGUCUGUUUGAGCCGAGAGAAGAAACUGUUCCCGUGAAGACACAGACUUUAAAUCAGCUUUGAAAUCAUGGUGAAAAUGAACAAACUGUUUUUGAAAUUUCUUCUCUGAAGCUCAACACCUCAGACGACUGGAUCUUUAAAACAGGUUCUGACCAAUGCCACGUCUUUCAGGUGCAUUUCUAAAACAUGAACGAUUGAAAACAGUCAUCAGGGUGUGGUCAUGUGACCUGUGAGUCACUGUGAGGAACCAGCAGGACAAUGUGUGGAAGCUUCCAGUGAGCGAGUGGACGUGUGGUCGAGGUUUCUAACACGUGACGUGAAACCUGAAGAACACAAACAUCUCAGGAUGAAGAAGAGGAGCCGAAGAAGACGAAGACAUCAACUUGGAAACACAAGGAGAUUCCAGAUCUUCUGGUGAUGAGGGCCGACGCCAGAUGAGAUGUAAACAACAACACUGAUCUUUCCACAGCAGAGUUUAUACGUCAGGCUCCGCCUCCUGCUGCUGUACAGGCUCCGCCCCUCGCCUGAUGUUCCCACAUGUUCGUGUUUGAAGGAGUCGGACCCGACAACCUGCUGCUGCUUCACAAACACCAACUACACAACAUGAAGUUUUAAACAGUUCCUGUGUAGAGGAGUUGUUCUGAGCCUGUUUCUCGUUCCUCGGCUCCUGAACUUCUCAGUUCAUCAAAGUAUAAAAGUUUAUGUUCUGAACUUUAGUUACUUUCAUUUUUGAUUCUCGACAAACAGAAAUCAUUUAUUCUUCUUCUCAUUUACCAUUCAACACUGGUGAUAAAACCGUUACCAUGGAAAGCAGACGUUGGCAGCUGAUUUUGUUUUGUCUUUAGUGUAAAUAAGUGUUAUUGUUGAUGUGUACAGUGACACUACAGAGAAAAUAUAGAAACUAAUCUGUACAUAAACUGGUUUCGUGUUCCAUGUUUUUAUUUUGACAGAUUUAUCAGUAACAACAAUAAAGAAAUAUGUUGUG